CGGGAGAGCACUCCAACACACAGCCAGCACAACAACACACACAGAUACACAGAGAGACAAAGACCGAGGAGAGCCGAGGGAUGUGGGCUGGAGGUCGGGGACCCACGCAAGAAGACCACCAAACACCUCCAUGGGGUAGCCACACAGACUCGUCCAAUUCCUGGGAUGCUUUAAACACGAUGACGUGCAUCAAGAGGCAAAGAGGGAACCCAUACCACUGAUAUUUUGAGGACAUGUGGCAUUGAAGAGGUGAGAAGCUGACCAUGGGUGACUGGAACCUGCUGGGCAGCAUCCUAGAAGAGGUCCACAUUCAUUCCACCAUCGUGGGAAAGAUCUGGCUCACCAUACUCUUCAUCUUCCGCAUGCUGAUCCUUGGCGCCGCCGCAGAGGACGUAUGGGACGAUGAGCAGUCUGAGUUUGUCUGCAACACUGACCAGCCGGGCUGCAAGGCGGUCUGCUACGAUCGUGCCUUUCCCAUCUCCCUCAUCCGGUUCUGGGUCCUGCAGGUCAUCUUUGUGUCUGCACCCUCGCUGGUCUACAUGGGCCACGCUCUCUACUGUAUCCGGGCACUGGAGAAGGAGCGGCACCGGAAGCGAGCUCAGCUGAAGGACGAGAUGGAUGACGCUGAGAUGGCAGUGGAUGCACAUAAGCGCAUAGAGAAGGAGCUGAGGAGGCUGGACGAGCAGAGGAAGGUGAAGAAGGCUCCUCUCAGAGGGUCUCUGUUGAGAACCUACAUCAUCCAUAUCCUUACACGCUCUGUGGUGGAGGUCUGCUUCAUCCUGGGCCAGUAUGCACUCUAUGGUAUCCAGCUGGAGCCACUCUAUAAGUGUGAGCGGCUGCCCUGCCCCAACAGUGUAGACUGUUACAUCUCCAGGCCCACGGAGAAGACCAUCUUCAUGGUCUUCAUGAUCGUGAUCGCUGGUGUGUCAUUAUUCCUGAACAUCCUGGAAAUAUCUCAUCUGGGCGUCAGGAAGAUCAAACAGACUCUUUAUGGAGAGAGGUACACGGAGGAUGACAGUUUGAUUUACAAAAACAAGCGGAAGACAUCCUUACCGCAGCUCUGUGUGAUGAGUAAUGUAUCACCUCACAACGGGCCUCUGACUCAGACCUUUAAAGUCAUCCCUGAGGCAAACAUCAAGUCUCCCUUUUUCAACACGGGGCUCAAAGCCAGCCACGAUGCACAGAGACAAUACAGCCUGGCUCACCUGGUGCAGUCCAGCUUCAUCUACCCGCAGCCCAGGAUGCCGCUGAUGACUGGCCAGAACUGUGCCCCCCAAACCCACGAAGGCCAAGACGUCCACAUGGUGGACAACAAUCAGGGCUGGUCUUCCGCAGUGUCCAAUGAGGAGGGGAUUACAACAAUCCAUAAUGAUGGACCCAACAAGGGAGAACACCUCCAACCAUGCCAACUGCAGCCAUGCCAUAUUGAAGCUCUGCUGUCCAGCAGCAACAUCAGGCCCAACACUAUCAGGGAGCAGUAUGAGGACGAGCGCAGGGACUCCAUAGCAAGUCAUAAUCAGGUCAUAAUGCCCAACCCCAGGAAAACUAGCUUCAUGGUCAGACCUCCCUCUGAGAGUUUGUCCUCCAUGACUGGCUCCACCAGCCCAUCCUUACAUACCUCAGAGGAGUCGGACGAACUGGGAUCCCUGCAGGGAGACAUGCCCAUGAUGCCUCCUCCUGGAGGCCGCAGAAUGUCAAUGAGCAUGUUUCUGGAUAUCUCCUCUAUCAUGAAGAAGUGAAGAGGCUAACACCACGGCCGCAGGAGGGUCGUCCCACCGCCCGGUUUGUGUCACACACUGUGGAGAAACUGUAUCAAUGAUCCAGCCGUCGACAUCGAUCCAUCAAGUCACAUGGAGGCCACGACCAAUAAGUCUUGAUGAGACAGCGGACUCUGUGCCAGAGGCCCAGUAUGUUUUGGAUCUGAAGCACCUUAACGUCCACAUGUGGGUCCGAACAGACGGGAUCCUGUUUUUUUUAUUUUCCCCUCCAUGUGUUGGCUGAAUGUUUCAGAUAAUGAAGCUCCUCAGAGGAUCUGUCUGCUGACUGGGACUUUUGAAACUUUAAAUACUUUUUUUUUUUUUAAGUCCAAGACUUGAUGAGAACCCGUGUAAAUGUGUAAAGUCAUUUCUAUGCAGUCAUUUCAUGACACAUUAUGAUUCUUUAUAUUAUAUCCAGAUUAAAUGCUUCUUAACAAAACA